AUGAGCACCAGCCAGCCGAUCGUGAAGCCCUUCAUCUACCUUCGUAUUCCAAGCGAGGACGCGAGGCCGGUGGAAGAGCUGCACUUCAAUGGCCACAACGAGGCUGAGCUGCGACACACCCUGACGCGGUGCUUUCGCCAGUCGCUUCUGUCGGACGACCAGAAGAAGGACAUGGCGCGUCACUUGGCCGACAAAGCCAGCGAGAGCGCAAAGAAGCACGCGGUGAAGGGGAACGGCGAUGCCAGCGCCGCUGGCAGCGGCGCGGAGCCGCCGGUAGACGUGGAGCAGCAGCAGGCGGCCAUGAUUGAUCAGUAUCUGGAGCAGGCCUCCUACGAGAUCAUUCCUGUCACCAUGCCGAUGCGCAGCACGCAGUACAUCGGGACCUCGCUUUACAUCGACGACAGCGGUGCUUUCAAGGAUCUGCCCCUGAACUACCGCGCCAGCAAGCUGGCACAGCGCGAAAUUCGCGGGGAUGCGUUUCUGUUGUCAAACCAUGACGACCCCGCGCUAGAUGAGUGGGGUCGAGUCGACUGCCCCCUGCAGCGUUAUGAGGAGCUUUACGCGAACCCGCCGCAGAUCGCUUAUGACCCGUCCAACCAAGCCCAGAUGACGCAAGCCGCCAUGCUGCGGGAGACCGAGACGAAGAAGAUCAGCUUGGAGGACUAUGAGAAGGCGCAGAAGGCAAAGGAGGACGGAAAUCGACUCUUCGCCGCCAAUGAUUUGCCUGCAGCUGUGCAGGCCUACAGCAUGACAGUCGACUUGACUGAUGGGCGGCGAGAUUUGCUGCCGAAUGAGGAGGCCGCUACGCAGCUGCGCCUCUCUGCAUUGCUGAACCGAUGCCUGUGCUUCACGCGACUUAAGAAGUUCCCAGAGGCGGUCAGGGACGCGCAGGCCGCUGCCUACCUGGACCCAAAGUCGAUGAAAGCGUACUACCGUCUCACGUACGCGCUUUGCGGAGCGCAGGAGUACGAGGCAGCGGCGCAGGCGUGCGAAAAGUACGCCCAGCUCGGCGGCGCGGAGGAGGACGUGACGGCGAUGCGAACGGCCGUCGCAGCGGGUGAGACGGAGGUGAAGAAGGCACAGAAGCAGAUUUUCUCCAAGAUGUUCCGCUCGUAG